GUUACAGACAAUUGUACGUUUGCUUUUAUUUCGUCGCUAUAAAAUGCUAAGCCCACCGUCUCUCUCACUCUCAAACACACCAUCUGCUGGGACUCUGAAGAAGAAAAAUCUCUCCCUCUCUCUCUCUCCCCAAAAAUCAACGAAUAAACAGAAUUGAUUUUAGGUUUUGAAUCGUUCAUCGAAGCUUUCAAGCGACAACAAUGGUGGUGAAAGGAAGGCACACUCGAGUUCCGUCUCGGAAAUCGUCGUCUUCCACGCUUCUUUUCGCCAUGCUAAUCAUGUUCUCCUUCCUUGUUCUCAUCCUUCUCACUCUCGGAAUUCUCUCGAUUCCGAGCAGUUCCGGCGAUACUCCGAAAGCUAAUGAUCUCAGCUCAAUCGUUCGCGCGACUAUGGAAAGGAGUGAGGGAGAAUCUCAAGGAUCAUCUCAGUGGGUUGAAGUGAUCUCCUGGGAGCCAAGAGCGUUCGUUUAUCAUAAUUUCCUGUCCAAGGAUGAAUGUGAGCAUUUGAUCAAUCUUGCUAAGCCUCAUAUGCGAAAGUCUACUGUAGUUGAUAGUGCAACUGGCCAGAGUAAAGAUAGUAGGGUGCGUACUAGCUCUGGAACAUUUUUAGCACGGGGACAUGAUAAAAUAAUCACAAACAUCGAGAAAAGGAUUGCAGAUUUCACAUUUGUACCUGUAGAGAAUGGUGAAGGGCUUCAAAUUCUCCACUAUGAAGUGGGCCAAAAGUAUGAACCUCACUAUGACUACUUUAGUGAUGAGGUUAAUACUAAGAGAGGAGGUCAACGCAUUGCUACAGUCCUAAUGUACCUCUCAGAUGUUGAAGAAGGGGGUGAGACAGUAUUCCCUGCUGCCAAAGGAAAUUAUAGUUCUGUGCCUUGGUGGAAUGAGCUAUCUGAAUGCGGAAAGAAAGGGCUUUCUAUUAAACCAAAGAUGGGUGAUGCAUUGCUUUUCUGGAGCAUGAACCCAGAUGCAAGUCUAGAUCCUUCAAGUUUGCAUGGUGGAUGCCCUGUUAUUAAAGGGAACAAGUGGUCAUCUACAAAAUGGAUGCGUCUCCUUGAGUAUUAAAUUUAAUUUACAAUUCUAAAGAUGAGUUGUUACAAGAGCCUUCACUUACCUCUGAUGACAAAUGAUGGAAUGGUGGCAGCCUUGUUGGGUGCGUUGGUUGCGGAGAGCAGAAUUCAACAUGGAAGUGCGUAGACAGUAGGUAUAGCACUGACGGUGGGGCUCAUGUUUAAUCUAUUUGUGGGCAGGUUCUUAUUGAGAUGGUUUUCAAUAAAGAACUACCAAAAUUUGUUGGUGUGUUUUAGUUUGAAGUUUGCAGUUGACGUUCAUGCCUAUGAAAGUGUAAUAAGUGUCCUUUAUGUAGCGGAAUUUAAAGUUUGCAGUUGAUGUUCACACUUAUGAAAGUGUACAUGAUCAAGGUUAAGAAUAUUAUGAGCUUAUCACAAGAUGAAGAUGAGGCCUUGUAUCAUUAUAAAAGUGUAGAAGAGAUAUUUGUUUGUGAAAGAAAUAUGAAGAUUUUUUAUUUAAUUUUUUUUAUUUAUUGUCAUUGUUGACGGUGAUAAGAAGUUUAUGAGCACAAGAAGCUCGAAGUUUGUGAUUUCGAAGCCAAGGAAAUCAAAUUACGAGUAAUUCUUGAGAAGAUUGAUUAUCAUAGAUGAAAGGUUGAUGUUCAUCAAUUAGGAUUCUAGUAGGAAAGGCAAUACAUUAUUUUUGAUUUAAAUAUGCAUAGAUAAUUCCAAUUUUAUUAUUAAUGCUCAAUUAGUGAUAUUGUGUAUGAGUUGAAAUUUUACGAGAACAACAACGUUAGAUUGUGCAAUUUAGAAGGACUAAAUGUCCGGUCUGGGCAGACACACGGUGAAUAUGGCAACUAAUCGUCCCUCAAUAUCUAUUUUCAAACCCUGUGUUUCCCAUCUUUGUUUUGUUCAUGGGAAUAUGCUUCUUUGAGAUGAAUAGUUAGUGCAUUAUCGAUCCAUGAAAGUUUUCGAUUU